CCUUAAGAGCUGCCCUACAUAUUAGCCUUGUUUUUUGCUUGUUUGCUAUGCGCCAUUUCUCGCUUAUCGGAGCCUUGCAGGCUGCAUACAUAUCGUUGAAGAUUAAUGUCGUGCUGUAGGGAUGGCUUGUAUAUCCAUAAUUGGACCCGGCAGAUUGAACCUCACUUAGGAUACGACUUCUGUCUUAGGAGUCAUUUUGGACCAGGAGCUGGCUACCUAUGCACCUUAUGUUUGGCCCUCGCAGCUCGUAAUGAAUCUUCACAGUUUGAAGGAUCAUCUUCAUACAUCGCUAGUGUGAUACAACUGGGGGUCGUCACUUGGUAGACAAUUGGCAGCUUUUUUAUACCACAGCGCCCUACAGCAAGCAUCUGCACGACUAAAGAUCAUGAUAUUUGCC